AUGAAUGAUAGGCGUGGGUUUGAGCCACAGUGGAACCUUCAGGUUCAGGCCAUCAGGAGCUUUGAAUUCUACAUCUGUUACUAUGGAUGGGGAAACUCCAGAGAAAGAUUAAAAAAAUGUCAGGAAAGUGAUGUGUAUGAAAUCUUUUAUAUAAUUGUAGCAGCAAUCCCAUUCGUUGUUCGGUUACUUCAGUGCCUUCGUCGCUUGUUCGAGGAGAAAGAUAAUAGCCAAGGGCUGAAUGGGCUCAAGUACUUCACAACAGUGGCUGCACUGGUGCUAAGAACACUGUUUGAGCUAAAGAAUGGAACAACCCUGACAGUUCUGGCAACAACCUUUUCAGGGAUCACGACCAUCGCCAAUACGUACUGGGACAUCGUAAUAGAUUGGGGUCUGUUGCAGAGGAACUCCAAGAACCCUUGGUUGAGGGACAAGCUCCUUGUUCCAAACAAGGCUGUCUACUUUGUUGCAAUUGUGGUGAACAUCAUUUUGAGGCUGGUAUGGAUGCAAAUGAUUCUGGGUUUUAAAGUUCCAUUCCUCCAUAGGAAAGCCAUGACUGCCGUUGUUGCCUGUCUGGAAAUCAUCCGCCGCGGCAUUUGGAACUUUUUCAGGUUGGAGAAUGAGCAUCUGAAUAACGUUGGAAAAUAUCGAGCGUUCAAGUCUGUGCCAUUGCCAUUUAACCAUGAAGUGGACAGGAGCAUGUAG